CCUUUUUAAACCCAACCUCCCAACACCUUUCCUCACUCUCCUCCCUCCCUCCCUCCCUCUCCAACACGCUCACCCAUGCAACCCAACGCCCGCCAAAUGCGCGGCGGCGGCGGCGGCGGCGGCGGCGGGCAGGACGACUUCUUCGACCAGAUGCUGUCCACGCUGCCGGCGGUGUGGUCCGAGCUCGGCUCCGGCAAGCCCGCCUGGGACCUCACGGCCGGCGCCGUAGGAGGAGGAGGAGGAGCCUCCGAUGACCACUCCGCCGCGGCGUUCGACGACUCCGCGCUCCUCGCCUCCCGCCUCCGCCAGCACCAGAUCGACGGUGGAGGCGACAAGCCCAUCAUGCUCCAACUCAGCGACCUCCACCGUCAUCACGGCCUCGCCGCCGGCGAUGACAGCGGCGGCGCUGCCGGGUUCCUUCCCCUGUCGCUGUUCGCUGACCGGUCGCAGGACGACAUCGACGCCGCCUUCAAGUCCCCCAAUGGCGCUAGAGGUGACCAUGCGCUGUACAAUGGGUUCGGGGCCGCCGGAAUGCAUGGCGCCGCCGCCAUGCAGCCGCCGCCGUUCGGGCAGGGAGGAUCAAUGCCGGCGCAGAGCUUCGGUGGCGGAGCGGCCGCGAGCGGCGGCGGCGGCGGCGGGUCGGCGUCGGCGGCAGCGGCGGCUGGGGCAUCGUCGGGCGGAGGGGCGGCGGCGCCGCCGCGGCAGCGGCAGCGGGCGAGGAGAGGGCAAGCCACUGACCCACACAGCAUCGCCGAACGUCUCCGGAGGGAGAGGAUAGCUGAGAGGAUGAAGGCGUUGCAGGAGCUGGUCCCAAAUGCCAACAAGACCGACAAGGCAUCGAUGCUCGACGAGAUCAUUGAUUAUGUGAAGUUCCUCCAGCUCCAAGUCAAGGUUCUCAGCAUGAGCAGAUUGGGGGGAGCUUCUGCAGUCGCGCCUCUAGUGGCUAACAUGUCAUCAGAGAGUAAUGGGAAUGGCAAUGCCACCAGCAGCAGCGGGAACGGCGAGGCGGCCAAUGGCAGCAGCAACGGCGACAACAAUGGUGGCGGCACACUGCGGGUGACGGAGCAGCAGGUGGCGAAGCUGAUGGAGGAGGACAUGGGCUCCGCCAUGCAGUACCUGCAGGGGAAGGGGCUAUGCCUGAUGCCGAUCUCUCUCGCAACGGCCAUCUCCUCCGCCACCUCCUCGUCGCUCCUCCCCCGCACUGGGGGAGGCGCUGGAGGGUCCCUACAUGAAGGUGGUAAUGGUACAUCACCACCAUUGGUGAAUGGCACCGCCACCGGAUGUGACGACGCCGGAGGUAAACAGUGAGGUUGGACAGUGUCCAUGGGAAAGUUGAGUGAUCAGGAUAUGUCUUCUAAUUCUAGGGGUGGAAUUGUGAAAUGGCGAUGCUCUUUUCUUUGCCUCUCUCUCUCUCUCUUUUGUUUUGUUUAUAAGAAAAAUGAUGUUAAGCAUGCGAGCUUUAGUUCCAGCUUUUCUUGUUGAUAUGGUAUAGUAGCUUUUCUGAUAUCUUUCCUCCUCUCCUUUUGAGCAAUUGAGCUUUGAGCUGCUCUCUAAUAUAAUCUCUAGCAGUAUUCUUUUC